UAGAUGGAUGUAGAGGAGAGUAGCCCAUCACCGGGGCAACACGCUGCAAGCGGUCGGCAUGUCUCUGUCAGGGCGUCCCAACACGGUCCGGCUUGUGUUCCUGGGAGCAGCGGGGGUCGGCAAGAGCGCGCUCAUCCACCGCUUCCUCCACGACCGAUUCGAGUACAAGUACACGCGCACGGUCGAGGAGCUUCACGUGCUCGAGUAUGACACUGCAGGGUCUGAGAAGAUGCAUCUGGAGAUACUGGACACGAGUGGGAGCUACUCGUUCCCGGCCAUGCGGGAGCUCUGCAUCCGACACAGCGACGCCCUCGCCCUGGUGUACGCAGUGGACGACCCCAUGUCCUUCGAGGAGGUGCGACGGCUGCGUGACGAGAUUCUGGAACUGCGUGGCGGCGGCAAGCGCGCACCCAUCACCGUGGUGGGCGGCAAGGCAGAUCUAACCGAAAGCGAAGGUCGAGUGCUGCUCGCCGGUGAUGCCAUGGCCAUAGUGGAGGGCGAGUGGCACGCAAACUUCGUGGAGGCGUCCGCGCGCACAGGUGGAAACACGGUCGGAGUGUUCCGCUCGAUGCUGCAACAGGUGAACUUGCCGCCCCGACUGAGCCCCGCGGUGUGGCGACGCAGAGACACUGUGCCUAAACCAGGAGUUAAGAAAAGACCCGCACUGAAGAAGCACAACAGCUGUGUCUUGUCAUAGAAAUAUUUCCUCUUUAACUCUGCAGCUGGACUGCACGCGCUCAGUUUCCCACCUGCUGUCCAUGGUGAAGGUCCUCAGGUCCGCUUUACUGUGUUUGAAAGGCAGCAGACCCUAUAAUGAUCAUAUCGUUUAAGGGUAGCCAAUGUGAUGCACUUUAUAUAAGUCACAUUUUUGUGUAAAUUUUUAUCUCAUGUCAAUAAACUGUCUUA